GUCGUCUUAAUCGAGCGCCUACACACAGAAGGACUACAAGAUGGCGCAGGCUAUAUUUGAAGUUCUGGAAGGGAUGGACAACCAGACAGUCCUGGCUGUCCAGUCUCUGUUAGAUGGCCAGGGAGGUGUUUCUGACCCAAACAACCAGAACGUCUCAGUCUCAUCCACCAUUCAGGCAAUGGAUGAUGAAGAUGUCUUUCUUUGUGGGAAGUGCAAGAAACAGUUUAAUUCAUUACCGGCAUUUAUGACCCACAAGAGAGAGCAGUGCCAGUCCAAUGCACCCUCCUUGUCUACAGUAUCACUUGCAUCUAGUAACGCCUACACCCCUGUACCCUCCAUUAGCUCUGUACCACACACGCCUGCCAACAGACAGGUAUCUGCAUACAUUACCGUGCCUCCAUCUCCUCUUACUCACACACUGGUCCAGGGCAAUGUUUUAGUGAGUGAUGAUGUUCUAAUGUCUGCCAUCUCCGCUUUCACAUCCAUUGACCAACCCAUGGCAGCCAUGCAGCCACCUAUUCAGAGUAAUCUGAGUAUGCACACAGGUGCAUCUUACCUCCAGCACCAUCAGCAGUCCUCCCACUCUCUCCCACCUGGACAGUCUCAGACUCUAUCCUCCCAGGUGCCAUCCAGCAUCAGCAAUUCAGUGGUCCAGGUCUACAGCACGAUGCCCCAAAUGUCUGGGAGUGGUAAUGCAGAGAUUCACACCCUGGGCUUGCAGUCAUUCCAAUCUGUUCAGGUCCCCAGUCAGUGUGUGGAGAGCCAGUCUUUCAACACUCCUCCAAUAUACAGCCCUGGGAAGCAAGGCACCAAAACUAAAACUUGCAGCAUCACAGCAAACCUAAAUGAACUGGGGGAUUUUGACAAAAUGAUAAUUCCGAAAAGACCCAGAAAUGGCAAGAAAGAGGGAGCAGAGGUGGAACAAAUGAAAGGAAAGUCCCAGAAACUAAAGUGCAAUUUCUGUGAGAAAGUCUUCUCCAAAAACUUUGAUCUCCAGCAACAUAUCAGAAGUCAUACAGGGGAGAAGCCUUUCCAGUGCAUUGUGUGUGGCCGGGCCUUUGCCCAGAAGUCUAAUGUGAAGAAGCACAUGCAGACGCACAAAGUGUGGCCAUCGGGCGUGGCCAGCACUGUGUCCAGGCUGCCCAUCACAGUCAAAGUGGUCCCGUUGUGUGCGGAGGAGGUGGAACAGGAGGAACAACAACAGCAUGAUGAGGAAGAGGAGCAGCAGCCAGGUGAGCCUGAUGAGAGAGACUGUGACUCUCAGACCGAUGUAGACAGGCUGGGUGAUGUCGAGACCAAGCAGAGCAGCCAGCAGGCCCAGACCAAACAGAUCAUACUGAUUGACAGCUCUUACCAGUGCCAAUUCUGUGUCGGCAAGUUCAGCACCUACUUCCAGCUCAAAUCUCACAUGACCCAGCACAAGGGGGAACAGGUAUAUAAGUGUGUGGUGAAGUCCUGCUCCCAGACAUUCCAGAAGCUGGAACUGUUCUUGGAGCACAUCCGGACACACCAGGAGCAGCUGACCUACCGAUGCCACCUGUGUAGCAAGGUGUUCCCCUCGCUGUUUGAGCUUGGGGUGCACCAGUAUUCCCACUGCUUCUGUCCCCAGCAAAAUCCACGCAAGGAAACGACCUUCUAUAGGUGCAUGAAAUGCCAAAGCCGGUACUCCACGCAAGAGGCCUUGGAGCAACAUUUGUUAACAGCUUCACAUAACUUCCCCUGUCCACAUUGCCAAAAGGUGUUUCCUUGUGAGAGGUAUUUCCGGCGGCACCUACCCACACAUGGCGUUGGGGGGAGGUUCAAAUGUCAGAUAUGUAAGAAGUUCUUCAAAACUGAGCACUACCUCAAACUGCACACUCGUAUCCACUCAGGAGAAAAGCCCUACAAAUGCUCUGUUUGUGAAGCCAUGUUCAACAGGAAAGAUAAGGUGAAGAGGCACAUGCUCAUUCAUGAGCCCUUUAAGAAAUACAAAUGCCCAUUCAGGACACAUGUUGGCUGCACUAAAGAGUUUAACAGACCAGACAAGCUUAAGGCACACAUACUAUCUCAUUCUGGUAUCAAGCCCUAUAAAUGUGGGUACUGCCAGAAAGCGUUCAGUAGAAGAGCCCACAUGCUUGAGCACCAACGCUCGCACACUGAUAACUAUCGUUUCCGCUGUUCCACUUGCAAAAAGGGCUUCACCCGACAGAAGUAUUACAGAGACCACAAGUGCCCCAUGGCAGGGUCCGUGGUGGAAAAGGAUGAGACAGAGAAAAGAGUGACGAGGAUGAGGCGUGGACACAACGGAGCUGACAGUAAGGGGCCAAAAGGCAGUCAGGAGGAGUCUGAAAUGGAAUACAGCAGGGAAGAGGUGUAUGAAAGGGAGGAAGGAGAUGAUGAUGAUGACGCUGAUGAUGACGAGGAUGAAGUUGAGGAGGAGGAGGAGGAUGACGAUGAUGAAGAGGAGGAAAGGAUUGAGGACUGUCACAUGGUGAUAUCAAUGGAGAGUCAUUCUGUGGGAGAAGAGACUGAGCAAGAAGAACAUUUUGAAGGCUGCUAAGUGAAACGCUACACCAACAUCUAUAUAUUUUUCUCUCCACAAAACAUCAGGAUUUGAACAACACUUGAACUAUCUAACUGAUCCGUCUGGUUGCUUUCAGAAACCAGUGGGUAGGUCCAAAGCUAGAACCCACGUGGUUGUAGCCAGUGAUAAUGCAGCGAGAUUUGUUUUGUCACAUUAAGGACAAUGCUUUAAAAGGUUCUCCUGAGACUACCUCUGCAUGUGGAAGGGAUUUCAAUCUCUUUAUAUCCCUCCAAUUAAGGGGGUUCCUAUGUUUUAUAUUAAAACAUUGACACUUUAUCCUUUCA